UGGUCGAGGGGGCCAGCGCAGUUCUCACUUCUGAUUGGUCUAUCCUGCGCGAGGGCGGGAAGGCGCCUUCCCGCAGGAACAGUAUACAUGAAGCUCACGAUCUGGAUCUGCUAUGACUGACCCAGACGUCCUCACUGAGGUCCCAGCAGCUCUCAAACGCCUUGCCAAAUAUGUGGUGCGUGGCUUUUAUGGCACUGAGCAUGCUUUGGCUCUGGACAUUCUCAUUAGGAACCCUUGCGUGAAGGAGGAGGACAUGCUGGAGCUCCUGAAGUUCGACAGGAAGCAGCUGAGGGCUGUCCUUAACACCCUUAAGGGUGACAAGUUCAUCAAAUGCAGGAUGAGGGUUGAGACAGCCCCUGACGGCAAAACCACACGCCAUAACUAUUACUUCAUCAACUACCGCUUGCUUGUCAAUGUGGUCAAGUACAAGCUGGACCACAUGCGCCGCAGGAUCGAGACUGAUGAGAGAGACUCCACCAAUCGUGCCUCUUUUAAAUGCCCCAUCUGCUUCAGCACUUUCACAGAUUUGGAGGCCAACCAGCUGUUUGACCCCAGAACAGGAACUUUCCGCUGUACGUUCUGUGAGACUGAAGUGGAAGAAGAUGAGUCAGCAAUGCCCAAAAAGGAUGCAAGGACACUCGUUGCACGGUUUAAUGAGCAAAUUGAGCCCAUCUACGCACUGCUUCGUGAGACGGAAGACGUUAACUUAGCCUAUGAAAUCCUGGAGCCAGAACCCACAGAGAUUCCUGCCCUGAAGCAGAGCAAGGAGCGUGCAGCUGGUGCUGGUUCAGGGACAGCACCUGGCCUUGCAGGUGGACACCAUCGGGAAACAUGGACUACAAAAGGACCAUCAUAUGAGGACUUGUAUACCCAGAAUGUCGUCAUCAGCAUGGAGGACCAGGAGGAUCUGAACCGGUCUGCAAGUGAAGGAAAGCCAGCUAGAGAGAGACCCAUUUGGCUGCGUGAGAGCACAGUUCAGGGGGCUUAUGAUCCUGAUGAAAUCAAAGAUGGGGGCCAGGAUCUGGAUGCGUUCCAGGAGCGUGAGGAGAGCCGGGCAGCCCUGGAUGACAAUGAGGAGGUGAUGCGUGCCCUGCUUAUCCACGAGAAGAAGACACCUUCUGCUUCCACCAUCACCGUCAGCGGUGCUGCUCCUGUCUCUGGUGGCAAUGUGAGUGACUCCGAGAGCGAGACAAGUGAGUCGGAGGAGGAGUCCCCUCCCCGCCCUGCCGCCACAGCCACCACAACAUAUGGGCUGGAGGAGGAGGACGAGGAUGAAGAGUUUGAGGUGGUGGCAGAAGACCCCACUGUCACAGUGGCUGGGCGUCCACAUUCUUACAGCCAAGUGAGCCAGCGCCCCGAGCUGGUGGCCCAGAUGACACCGGAGGAAAAAGAGGUUUACAUAGCUAUGGGGCAACGCAUGUUUGAGGACAUGUUUGAUUAACUGGUACCUCCCGUGGCAUUUUUUAAAACGUGACUUUUUAAGGCAGGGACUCUUUAGCAGAACAGAUGACUGGAGUGCAUCUUCCUUGCCCUGUGCGCAGGCAGGGUCACUGUGACACAGCACUGCUAAUCUCAGGCAUCCUGCUUGCCAGAGCCGGAGAGCAGCAGAGCUGCACGUGCCAAAACACACAGGGGAGGACGAGUCUCAGAAGUGAGGAUGCUUGCAAGGUAAAAAUCUGCCUCAGGGUGCCUUGCACAGGCACUGCUUUAACCUCCUCCAAGGCCCUAGCAGCUCUUUCUUCCGAUGGCUUUAAGUUGAUUUUUGUUGCAGAUCCCAGUGAAGUCCUCAUCCUUUCUCCCAGGGGACAUAAGGGCUCCAUAGUCUGAGCAGAAUGCUCUGCUGAGAAGGGUGUAUGUAAUAUACAGCUGUCUGUGCUCAGCAAGGGGAGAGGAGAGGGAAGCACUUGUCUACUGAUGGCAAGCUCAGACAGGACUUUUAGCUGACCCUCUGCCAGUAGCCACUGGCCACCAGAGUGGCUCUUUCUAAGGAGGCCUGUAGGCAGCAAUCUUUUCUUGCUCCCAUUUGCUCCCUAGUAGGACUCAGCACCUCAAGGUCAGGUGUAACUUGAAACAGGCAGAGUGAAAGCGUUGGCAAGCUCAUUCAGUCAGUCACUUCUUGUUAGUGUAACAAAAUGCCCUCCAUGGAUCUGAGCUGCCAGUGCUCUGACUUGCCAGGAGAUACCUUCAUUUUCCAAUAUUGCUGCCUGUUGCUUCUGCCUAGCCCUGUCCAUGAAGACAUGCAGACAGUUCACAGUGGGCAGAGCUGCUGUCAGGCAGUGCCAGAGAAGUAGCAUAACUAAGUUUUAUUUGCAAUCUCACCAGGGCUAUAUGAUUUUAAGAGGAAUUACACAAUUUUGAGUUCUGCUUGGCACACUCUUUUACUAUAGAAAGACAUU